GGCACAGCCACGCCCCUUACCGGGUCUCUGUGGAGCUGUGGCCGCGCUGGCUUCGAGCAUCACUACCCUGGCAGGCUGGGGGACUGCGAGGCUGCAGCUCGGGCGGGCAGCUCCGGAGAGGACAUGUCCAACGAUGACGAUGCCGCCCCCACUGUGGCAGAGGCAGCAGGUGACACCCACCUGCUGGGCUUCUCAGAUGAGAUCCUCCUGCAUAUCCUGAGCCACGUCCCCAGCACAGACCUGGUUCUCAACGUGCGGCGCACCUGCCGGAAGCUCUCGGCCCUGUGCCUGGACAAGAGCCUGGUGCACACCGUGCUGCUGCAGAAAGACUACCAGGCCAGUGAAGCCAAGGUGAAGCAGCUGGUGAAGGCGAUUGGCCGGGAGAUCCAGCAACUGAACAUGGCGGGCUGCUAUUGGUUGUCCGGCUCCACCAUCGAGCACGUGGCCCGCUGUCACAGCCUGGUGAAGGUGAACCUGUCGGGCUGCCACCUCACCUCCCUGCGACUGUCCAAGGUGCUCUCGGCCCUGCAGCACCUGCGCUCGCUGGCCAUUGACGUGAGCCCCGGCUUCGAUGCCAGCCAGCUGAGCAGCGAGUGUAAGGCCACGCUGAGCCGCGUGCAGGAGCUGAAGCAGACGCUCUUCACGCCGUCCUACGGUGUGGUGCCCUGCUGCGCCAGCCUGCAGAAGCUGCUGCUCUACUUCGAGAUCCUGGACCGCACCCGCGAGGGCGCCGUCCUCUCGGGCCAGCUCAUGGUGGGCCAGAGCAAUGUGCCCCACUACCAGAACCUACGUGUCUUUUAUGCACGCCUGGCCCCUGGCUACAUCAACCAGGAGGUGGUGCGACUCUACCUUGCCGUGCUCAGCGACCGAACGCCUGAGAACCUGCACGCCUUCCUCAUCUCCGUCCCUGGCAGCUUCGCCGAGAGCGGCGCCACCAGGAACCUGCUGGACUCCAUGGCCCGCAAUGUGGCCCUGGACGCCCUGCAGCUGCCCAAGUCCUGGCUGAACGGCUCCACCCUCCUCCAGCACAUGAAAUUCAACAACCCCUUUUACUUCAGCUUCAGCCGCUGCACGCUCUCAGGCGGGCACCUCAUCCAGCGGGUCAUCAACGGGGGGAAGGACCUGCGCAGCCUGGCCAGCCUCAACCUCAGCGGCUGCGCGCACUGCCUGUCCGCGGACUCGUUGCUCCGGAAGGCGGAGGACGACAUUGACAGCAGCAUCCUGGAGACGCUGGUGGAGUCCUGCUGCAAUCUCCACCACCUCAAUCUCUCAGCAGCCCACCACCACAGCCCCAACGGCCCAGGCCGCCACCUCUGCCAGCUCCUGGCCCGCCUGUGCCACCUCCGUUCCCUCUCUCUGCCUGUCUGCUCUGUGGCUGACUCAGCACCCAGGCCUGACCGGGCCCCCGCCCCGCCGGCCAUGCACGCCGUGCCCCGUGGCUUUGGCAAGAAGGUGCGCAUUGGGGUGCAGACCUGUCCCAACCCCUUCGUGGGCCAGUCGGGCCCGCAGCCUGCCUCUGUGUUCUGGUCUCUGCUGAAGAAGCUCCCGUUUCUGGAGCAGCUGGAACUGAUCGGGUCCAAUUUCUCCUCAGCCAUGCCCCGCAAUGAGCCCGCCAUCCGCAACUCCCUACCCCCCUGCAGUCGGGCGCAGAACGUCGGGGACUCCGAAGUAGCCGCCAUCGGCCAGCUGGCCUUCCUGAGGCACCUGACACUAGCCCAACUGCCAGGCAUGCUGACAGGCUCUGGACUAGUGAGCAUUGGCCUCCAGUGCCAACAGUUGGAGUCCCUGUCGUUAGCCAACCUGGGCAUGAUGGGGAAGGUGGUGUACAUGCCUGCUCUUGCCGACAUGCUGAAGCACUGCAAGCGGCUCAAAGACCUGAGGCUGGAGCAGCCCUAUUUCAAUGCCAACGCACAGUUCUUCCAAGCGCUGGGCCAGUGCUCUUCUCUGCAGCGCCUGUGCCUGGUGUCUCGCAGCGGCACCCUGCAGCCAGAUGCUGUGCUGGCCUUUAUGGCCCGUUGCCUGCAGGUCGUCGUGUGUCAUAUGUUCACCGGAGAAUCCCUCACCGCCUGCAAGAGCCUACAGCAGUCUCUCCUCCGGAGUUUCCAGGCUGAGAGGCCUGCGUUGAACGUCGUCAUCUUCCCCCUGCUCCAUGAGGGCCUGACAGACGUCAUCCGAGAUGUCCCCAUGGUGCACCUGGACGAGAUCACCUUAUUUAAAAGCAGAGUGGCUGAGGAACCACCAAACCUGUGGUGGUGAGAGGGCUGCCUUGCCCGCCACU